CAGAGCUUCAGGCGUCUCUAAACUGAAUUUAUUCAGAAAACAUGACCUGCAACAAAUAGAUAUUGAACAAUUCCGUGGAGUAUGCCACUUAAACGUUUGGCCAUUAUUGAACAACUAAUACGCGAUUAUUGUUCGUAAAGCGCAGCUGAGGUGGGCCUGAUCCAGAGAGAGGGAUUUAUUAUCUUGCUGCAUUCCUGAUGGAGUCGUACAGAGUCAAUCAGCCGGCCCGGUCUUCCAGGCCUCACAAUGGAGCUGGCUCCUAUGGCCUCAGCAUUAGGGUCCAGGGGAUUGAUGGACACCCGUACGUGGUGCUGAACAACCAGGACCGUGGGUCCAACUCCUAUACAGAUCCUAAUAGUAAUGGCUACAAUGACACACAGGGCUCCUUUAUUGACAGCUACCAUGAGUAUGACUUCAAAGGAAGCAGGGAGGCUGUUUCUGACAGCCCCUUUGUUGAGUACAGGUCCCAGAAGCAGAUGCAGUUUGGGGGCUCUCACAAUGGAGUCACAGAGCAGGGGAAGAAGCCAGCGUCCACCCUGCUGAACUUCCAGAGGCACCCAGAGAUCCUCAAGCCUUAUGACCCAGAGAAAAACACCUUGAACCUGGACGGUAACCACAGCCUGCCUCCCCAGCCGAUGUCCCUGGCGGAGACUGGAAGCACCUACCAGGGCUCUUCUCCCAGAUCCACCUCCCCAGUAGUCGCCCAUGCCAGGUCAUCCAGUCUGGAUCACAGGAGUCCUGCCCUGCAGAAGAGAACACAGCCUCAGCCCAAGCCCCAGCCCCAGCCAGCCCCCUCUAAGCCUCAAACCAAACUAGUCCAGUCUCAAUCCAAGCCUCAAGCCCAGCUGGCUCAGCCACAGUCUAAGACUCAGACCCAGGUGGCCCAGCCCCAGUCUAAACCCAAGUCUCAGCACCUGUCCAAACCCCAACCCCAGUCUCUGCCACAAUCCAAACCCCAGUCUCCACCCCAGUCUCAGUCUCCACCCCAGCCCCAGCUGCCCCAACGUGUCCCCAUACCCCAGCCCUAUGCUGUGUCCAGCCCUACCAGUGAACAGACCAAGGCUUCCUGCCGGUCCGCCAGAUCUAUUAGCAGUGCCAACUCUAGCCUGAACCGCAGCCACCAUGAGCCAGACGUCCUCCCCCUGCGCAGAGUUGACUCUAGCGGCCCCGUGCUGCAGUCCUCGUCCCGCUCCCGCCACUCCUCUACCUCCUCUACCGACCAGCUGGAGGCUCUGUACGCAGAUACCAUCAACCGCCACCAGAACCGACGCUACAUCCCCUUCCAACCCGGCACAGGCCGAGACAUUGACACAGGCUCCAUCCCCGGCGUGGAUGAGCUCAUCGGCAAGUUUGACGGUAAGGAUGGUGGUCACCAGCGACGGGGCAGGGCGGGCCGCAGGAACAGGAUUAACCCAGAGGACAGGAAGCGCUCUAGGAGUGUGGACAGCGCCCUUCCCUUUAGCCUCCAGGGAGAGUCGGAAUACAUGGAUGAGUUUAGCAAGAACCAGGGGAGGUCCACGGAGCACGUCCUUCGCCCCUCACAGCUGUAUCUGCAGAAGGUGUCUGGGAGUAAAGACUCCUGGGUGACAGCGGUGGAGGGGAAGCCAAGUGCCAAAGCUACGGCCUGUGGUAGCAGUGCUCCAGGCUCCCCUCAGAGCAUGACCUCUAAAGCAGCAGGCUCCAUCCAGGGGUACAAGGCGGUGCUAAAUCGCUCCUCUACGUUACCCCUGGACAGUACAGAUGCUGAGGAUGGUCAAUCUUCACCAAGCACAAAGAUUUUAACAAGUGUGGCUACAACCUCUCUAUCCAUGCCUUCCUCUAACUUGGGCAAGAAGCCUAGUGCAGAUAUGGAUGUGCAGGUGACACCUGAUCUUUUGAAAGGUCAGCAGGAGCUUUCACAACAAACACAUGAAGAGACGGCAAAACAGAUUUUGUUUAAUUACCUCAAGGAUGGGAGCACUGAUAACGAGGACACCACCAAGAGGAAGGUCAACCUGGUGUUUGAGAAGAUCCAGACAUUAAAGUCACGGGCAGCGGGGAGCGACAACAAAUCUCCUGACAUGGCUACCCAAGCCAAAGCCCUAGAGGAACAGAGGGUGGCGCUGGAGAAGGAUGUUGUUGAACUGAAAAAGCAGCUGGAGGAGCAAACCAAGAAGCAGAUGGGUCUGACUGAGGCCAAUGAAAAGGCCAGAGCGGGGGUGAAGGACCUGCAGGCGGAGCUGGAAAGGAGCCAGGAGGAAUGCUCCCGACUGAGGGACAAACUGGCCAAAACAGAGGCUGAGCUCCGCACCACACUGGAGGAGCUGUUCCAGGUGAAGAUGGAGAGGGAGCAGUACCAGACGGAGAUCAGGGACCUGCAGGACCAGCUGUCAGAGAUGCACGACGAGCUGGAUGGCGCCAAGACGGCGGUGGCCGACAGAGAGAAGGAUGCCAUGAUGGAGGACCUGAUGCAAAUGAAGCUGGACUUACAGGAGGUGCUGCUGGCCAAGGAGGAGCAGGAGGAGGUGCUGAGGAGGAGGGAGAGGGAGCUGACUGCCCUGAAGGGAGCACUGAAGGCGGAGGUGGCCACACACGACCAGGAGGUGGAUAAACUGAGGGAGCAGUAUGAGAAGGAGAUCCGCAAGCUCCAGACGUCUCUGGAGAAGGCCAAACAGAGCAGUGCUGCAGUGUGCAAGGAGAAGGCUGAAGUGGAGGCAGCCAAGGGGGCAGUGGAGGGCCAGGCGGGACGUCUUAGCCAGGAGGCCGAGAAGCUGAGAAAGCGGGCACAUGAGCUGGAGAACGAAGUGGCCAAACUCAACCGCAUCAUCGAUGAUGCCAAGCUACAGGAGAGCAAGCUGGGGGACAGAGUCCGCCGGCUUGAGAUAGAGAAGAGGCAGCUGGAAGAGUCUUUGGAAGAAAUCAAGGAGCAGGAGGAGGAGAUGUCACGUGCCAACCGUGCUCUGACCACAAGGUUAGAGGAUGUACAGAGGAACUUGACCAAGCUGAACCAUGACCACAGAGAGCUGGAGGAGAGGCUGAAGGAGGAGAGGAGUCAAAAAGAACAGUUCAAGAACACUAAGAAUGAGAUAGAGGACGAGAGGAGUCUGCUGGACCGCACAGUGGAGAAACUACAGAGGGAGAUGAGUGAGAUCGUGGAGGCCUCUCAGUCGUCCACCCAGGAGCUGCAGGAGCAGAUAGACGUGUACAAGGAGAAGAACCGUCGGGAGCUGGCUGAGCUUCAGAGACAGCUGAGGGAACGGGGUGUGGAGCUGGACAAGUCCUGCCUGGCUGCUAAGUCCCUGCAGGAGGAGCUGAGCCAUGUGGAAGAAGACCUGAGGCAGUGUAAGAGGGAGAGGGAUGAUGCGGUCCUCAAGGAGAAGGCCCUGGAGCAGAAAGUCUACCACCUGGAGGUGGAGGCAGAGAUCAAAGCCCACUCCAAGGAUGACAAAAUCCGACAGGUGAAACUCAUGGAGGACAGGAUCAAUCAGCUGGAGCUGGAUCUGGAUGAGGAAAAGCAAAGUGGAGACCUGCUGAUUGUCAGGAUAGACCGAGGCAGAGAACAGGUAGAGCAGAUGAGGAAUGAACUCCUGCAGGAGAGGGCUGACAGACAGGACCUGGAGUGUGACAAGAUGACCUUGGAGAGACAGAACAAGGACCUGAAGAGCAGAAUAGCCCAUCUGGAGGGCUCCCAGAAGUCUAACAAGGAGGGCCUGGUGAGCCAGCUGGACAGCCGGAUCCAGGAGCUGGAGGAGAGGCUGGAGGGAGAGGAGCGGGACCGUGCCAACCUGCAGCUGGUGAACCGGAGGCUGGAGAGGAAGGUGAAGGAGAUGAUGAUGCAAGUUGAUGAAGAGCACCACUCACUGCAGGAUCAGAAGGACCAGCUGAACCUGCGUCUGAAGGCCCUGAAGAGGCAGAUGGACGAGGCGGAGGAGGAGAUUGACCGGCUGGAACACGGCAAGAAGAAGCUGCAGAGAGACCUGGAUGAACAGCAGGAGGCCAACGAGCAGCUCCAGAGCCAGCUCAAAUCCCUGCGCAGCGAGAUGAGGCGUAAGACCAACUCUGCUCCUCUGGACGACGAUGAUGAGGAUGACAUUAGCACGGACGGAGAGACCUACUUCCGCUCUUCAUCUGGCUAUAAACGCUCCUCUAGCCAAGACAACAUCAUAUCAACAUUCUCUUUGUGAACCAACACAAUGAAGAGAAUGUUAUUAAAACUACAGAAGGACCAAGUGGACUGACUCCUAUUCAGAGAGACCACUUUCAGGUCACGAUGUGCUUUUGGAAAACUGGUCAAAUAGCAUAGUGAUGUGUGUUUGCUCUUCCUUUCACAGUACAUAGAUUGACAGGGAAUGGUUAGAUAAUAGUUAUUGAUUAAUUACAAUGUCUUGUAAAUUAUUGAUUAUAAUUUAGCAAUAGUUGAAUUAUCCGCACAAUUUCUAAGUUCUUAGUUAAUCAUUGCACGUGUCUUCUUACAUCUUAUGAAUGAUCCAGCAAUGAGAUGUAAAGGGAAUCCAAUUAUUCACCUUGUAAUGCACUGUAAAGGACAGCAUUCUGUAACCUCUUAUGCCUUUUUGAAAUGUAUUAAUCCCUCACUAGAUUUUAUAUCCUUAAUCAAAUAUGUUAAGCCGCUUAUCAAGUCUGAUAGCAACAAACGUAAUUUGAAACAUUCAUUUUUGUAUUGUGCAUUAGAAUAUCUAUUCAAUUUUGUAAUGAAGUCAGGCAUUAAGGUCUUAAAUUGAUUUGAGUGAAAUAUUUGCUAUUUAUUUACUGUUGAAAUAUAUGAAGAAAUGGCUGAAUGAAGGGCAAUAUGUUUUUAGGGAAAUUUGUAUGAGGGAUUCUUCUUUAUACAGAUGCUUUUUUGUAUCUUUAUUUAUUUUAUUUUUUUUAUUUUUUAUUUUUUUAUCCCCUUUUCACCCCAAUUUUCGUGGUAUCCAAUCGCUAGUAAUUACUAUCUUGUCUCAUCGCUACAACUCCCGUACGGGCUCGGGAGAGACGAAGGUCGAAACAACCUGGCCCCCUUGGUUAGCGCGCACUGCGCCCGGCCCGCCACAGGAGUCGCUGGAGCGCGAUGAGACAAGGAUAUCCCUACCGGCCAAACCCACCCUAACCCGGACGACGCUAGCCCAAUUGUGCGUCGCCCCACGGACCUCCCGGUCGCGGCCGGCUGCGACAGAGCCUGGGCGCGAACCCAGAGACUCUGGUGGCGCACCUAGACCACUGCGCCACCCGGGAGGCCCGCUUUUUUGUAUCUUAAAAGAAAAACCUGAAUAAGGAAUAGUAAUCCAUCCAUGAUGUUACCGUGGUCUACGGAAAACAUCUCUGUUUUAUCACUUCUGUUUUCAGGUUUAUGACUCCUGACUUAUUGCAGUAUUCAGCCCUGCCUUUGUUAAAAUAAGAUACAGUAGAACAUUUAUAAAGACGGUUUAGAUCACUGUUCUCAAAUCAAGGUUCUACUAUGUAUUUUUAGUUGGGCUUUUCUACUAACUACCGGGACUGCUCUGUUACUCCUGACAUUAUUGUUUAAAUCGUCAAUAGUCAAUUUUUUUGCAUUAUAGUAACAAACACAUUCCUUACUUUUGCUUAAAAGUGAUUAAUCUCUGUAUUUCAUAGAAAUAUGACUUUUACCAGAAACAUGUUACAAUGUGAGAAGAAGCUAUUUAUGUUUAUGGUAUAUCCUCCAAGAACAAAACAGUGUUAAUAUUGGACAUACGAGUCAAUCUACUGUAAAAUGAACAAUAUUUUUUUUGUUGAAUACCUGUGUUUGUAUUUGCUAUGUGGAUCUGUGGGAGCAUAUUAUUAUGCUAUAUGACCAUACAGUCAGUACCUGUUAUAAGCAUCUGUUGUGCCUAUCUAUUAUCUGUUGGAGGGGACUGUCCUCUGUUAUGCAAGUUUAUAUGAUGAGGGAGUUUCUACAGAUGAGCUGUAUUGACAAUCUAUCUGUUUAGCUACACUGUGAUGAUUUGCACUGUCUGAGGGAUUAUUUCUGAAGUCGUCCAAGGCUGUUGCCAUAUGGAAUGAAGAAGAGGCCUUUGGCUGUGUGCCUCCUCCAGUCGUUUUGGAGUGGGGGGGUUGAGAUGAAAUACUGCCGCUACCUCUCUGUGUGUACACAUCUGUACUUUGCUGAGACUAAAAACCCUGCUAAAAUUAAAUAAAGUUAUCCUUAGUUAAUCUCA